AUGGCGGGACCAGAUGAUGCGAGUCACCUUUUGAAUCACUCGCAGCAGGAUCUUUUAUAUGAUGAUGAUGGGAUCUCGCUGCAGCAAUUAGAACAGGGCAUCGUCUAUACCGGAACCUGCUCCAAUGCCAACCAGACAGCGACUGGAUUACAUGUUAUGAUUAACAUUUUCGUCAUCACAAUCACAGCUACCAGCAGCUACUGUGGUCAAGUCCUGUCUGCUCCGUCGAGAAAGGAGAUUGACUAUGCCCAUUCACGCCGAGUGUUAUCGAUUGGUUCGUCCAGCCUGACCAAUAUCUGGUAUAACUCCUUCGUCUACGUAGCCAUGGGCGCCAACGACUAUGGAGUAGCGGCUGUACCUUCGAAUUUUGCGACUCAGAAUGCGAAUACCGAUCUCACAAUGACGUAUAACGUCCAUCUAACUUCACCAGCAAUUUUGGCAUGUCAGGGGAGACUCUACGAGAUGAGAUCGCCUCUGGGCAGUUCGAAAAACUGGAUCUACUUGGUUGCUGUCGGCCCGAGUGCAAUCGGCAAUAUCACGGCGUGGACAUGCGUUCUGCAGGAAAAUGGUGAAAUCACAACCGACACCGGUGGUUAUGUCAAGGGCAUAGCGUGUGUUCCUAAGAUUGACCGCGGGCUUUACAUCGAUGAGGAUGGUAAUCUCACCUGGUGGGAUGGUUAUACCGUCAAUGAGCAGCGUGUCGAUUACUGCCUCAGUUACAAAAUCUCGCCACCCUGCCACUUGGGAUGCAGUCUGCCCAUCGGCUUGGUCGUGCUGGUCUGUAUUGGAGUCAAGUUCCUCUGUAUGACGUUUGCAGACUUGGAUCGACGGAGGGAGAUCUUCCUCACGGUUGGAGAUGCCAUAGCCUCUUUUCUGGAUCGCGUCGAUCCCUUGACGGCGACUAAUUGCCUUAUGGAACGAGGGAACAAAGGGCGCAAAAAGGCCGUCACGACUGCGUUUGUGAAUGAGUAUCCGUGGUCGUCAAUCUUUUUCAAAGGACGUCCGAUGAGCCAAUCUGCUCCUCCACAGCCGAAGAAGCUAUCCCAAGUGAAACGGCGAUGGUUCACGGCUCUUCCGCCGCCGCUGUUCUGGAUAACGGUAUUCGAAUCGCUGUUCAUCCUAGCUGUGAUCACCUUUCUCUGCCUGGUGAGCGAUCGCCUCGUAGGCUCCUAUCUCACCAACGUCAACCAAGAUGGCCUGUCUGGCUGGGAUAAAACCCUCGGCUCCAUCUAUCACACCCAGCUACAGCCAAUCCGUGGCGUAGGUUUCAUCGGGACAAUCCUCAUCAUGAACUGUCCCCAGAUUCUCAUCUCGCUCAUAUGCACCAUCUUUAACAAUGCCCUCACUCGUAUGCUCUUGGCCGCCAAAUACAGCACCUACGGCCUGCAGCGCAAACCCCUCCGCGUCUCUCCAACUGGCGACUAG